UCAUAUUGAGUGUACCAAAAUAAUGAUCCAAAGAACACAACUCAAAAAAUAUACGACACUUUAAGAUUCGUAGCAGCUACUUUGAUCAAUGAACUUAGGUGCUAUUGGUAUGGUAUGGUUGUGCUGGAUUGCAUUACCGACACACUAAGCUUUAAAAAAUUGAGAGAGAGAGAGAGAGAGAGAGAGAGAGAGAGAGAGAAGGUAGGGUGUUUGUGUUGUGGUACUUUUGGGAUAAGAUAAAACCAAAGAAAAAACAAAGGCAAAUCCUUUAUGUGUGAGCACAAAAGAAAAAAGAAAAGCAGCAUAGUGUGUAUGGAUAGAUAGAAGAAGGAGGAGAAGAUAUUAUUACUAACAUUUCAAGAAGGGCACAGGGAAAUGGUGAAGGUUUAGGGUGGUUGAGUUGUGUCUUCACAAGGUUACUGCUGCUACUAUUAUUGUCUUGGUGUUUCACCCUUAAUGUAAGGAAAAUCUGCCACCAUCACCAAAGCUGGAGUCUUCCCUUCACAGUUUAUUCGAUAUGGAGACUCUGGCGCUGGAAACCGAGGAUGUAAGCUCAGAUAUCUACCUUUGGUUGGGACUUAAAGGAGUGGAUAAAGGAGUAGGAUUUCCGAGGGUUUUAUCACUUCUUUCUUCACUUCUUGAGAGAUCGGUUCAGAGGAAUGAAACACUAAUUGAGGCAAAGCAUGUGAAAGAUGUUGUUACUGUUUUUCAUGGUUUAAGAGCACCUACUUUGAGUGUUCAAAAAUAUAUCGAUCGGAUUUUCAAGUACGCAGGAUGUAGCCCGUCUUGCUUUGUUGUUGCACACAUAUAUGUUGAUAGAUUUCUUCAGCACACAGAGGUCAAAUUGACUUCACUAAACGUGCACCGGCUUUUGAUAACAAGCAUUAUGGUUGCAGCAAAGUUUAUGGAUGAUGCAUUCUUCAACAAUGCAUACUAUGCAAGAGUUGGAGGAGUAAGCACAUCUGAAUUGAACAGGUUGGAGAUGAGCUUUCUGUUUGGGAUAGAUUUUAGGCUUCAGGUUAGUAUAGGAACUUUUGGAAAAUAUUGUUGGCAAUUGGAGAAAGAAGCAAUCCAAAUUGAAAGGCCUAUGCAGGCUUGUAGAAUCAAAGAAAACUGGUCAAAGUCAAACAAAGAUGAUGCUACUUGUGCUUCCACAAUUGCAAGAUGAAAAAAGAUAUAAAAAAAGGGUAUCAGAUCAGUGUAUUAUAAAUUAUAAUGAAUUAAUCAUUGUACUUCCACAAUUAGCUGUGGCAAAAUGAAAUUUGAAGUAUUUUCCCAAAGCUAAAGAAAUGAUUGGUAUAUAAUGUGUCAUUAGUAAUUCAUCCAAUUCUUUAAUAGACACUGUUGUGGUUGGUAAUGCAUCAUUUUCUGUGUCUUCCUUUUUUAUUUUAUUUUUUUAAUUGGUGUUGCAUUUGAUUGUAAUUGAAAGGUUGUAUUUGAUGGAGAUUGUGAUUAAAGUUUAUUAUCCCUUACCAUUUGGUAAGAGUUUCCACUA